AUGACUUUCCAAGACAAUGUCUUCAGCGGACCAAGCUCAGUCAUUGACUACUUCGACCCCGACAAGAACCCCCCUCUUCCCCUAGUUGAGAUUCCAGACCGUUUGAACCCGUUCCGAGAAGACGGAGUCAGGAUAUACGCAAAGAUGCUCACAUGUCUGCCGGCGCAGAAUGUCAAGUCUCUGCCAGCCCUGAAGAUGCUGCGAGAAAAGCCGCACGCCCAUGAUAAAAAGAUUGUCGAGGCAAGCUCUGGGUCGACUGUGCUAUCUCUCGGGAUUAUUGCGAGGGCUCUCUGGGGAAACGAAGAUGUGGACGCCUAUGUGACGAACAAGAAACCGCCAGAAUCGCUGAAUUUGCUUCGUUUCUUUGGUAUCCGACCGUGUCUCUACGGCGGCCUUGCGCAGCAAGAGCCGACAGAUCCCACAGGCAUCAUGUGUAGGCUCCGGAGUCGAGCGGCGCAGGAUGAGGAUAUGGUUUACCCUGGGCAAUAUGACAAUCCGAACAAUUGGAGAGCUCAUGAGGAGUGGACGGGUCCCCAAAUUUUCAGGCAGCUGCCUCAGAUCAACAUCUUUUGCUCUACCGUCGGCACUGGAGGAGUAAUUACGGGCACGGGAGUAUACUUAAAGGCCCGCAAGCCAUCGGUCAAGGUUCUUGGCGUCUUCAACAAAUUUGGGGACCCUACACCGGGACCCAGACACUUCCACGGCUUCCACACCUCCGGCUUUCCAUGGCAAGGCACAGUCGACAGCCGCAUCGAAGUUUCGUCAGUUGACUCGUACCGCAUGUCCAUGCGCCUCUCCCGAGAAGGACUCAUCUGUGGCCCCUCAUCUGGGGAGGCACUUCACGGACUCCUCGAGUACAUCUCUAUGCUGAAACAAACAGGCAGCCUAGGCCAGCUGAGAGACGGGCAAACAGGAGAGAUCUCAUGCGUCUUCACUUGCAGCGAUCUCCCGUACCAGUACCUGCCCAUCUACUAUCAGAAGCUUGGAGCGGAAGAGUUUCCUCCGAUUAAGAAUGAUAUACUCUUGCAAUGCGACCAGAAUCGACAUGAUGAGAGAUGGAUCUUGGAUGCGCGGAAAGCGGCCAACGUCAUCUUUGGCACUGCGGAACUGCAGUUAUGCCAGAAAGAUGCUCUCGAAGUCAGCAUCGAAACGGUCGAGGAAGUCUCAGUUCAAGGCCCACCGAAGGGUCGCUCCUGGAUUUCCUUCAUCGUCAAUCUUCUCUUCCCAGAAAAGCAUCAUGCUGAUGUCAACUGCUGCUCACAUCAUUCACGCAGCGUGGUUUCACCAUCAGUUCUGGUCUUGGACCUCCGUAACCAGUCCGCUUUCAAGACUCGACAUAUACCGGGCUCGUUCUCGGUGCCCUUGGCAGGUCUGACGCCAGAUCUGGCUGAUGGUGACCUUUUUAGAGAUGCAGAAUCUGUUCACAUGAUAUGUAUGCAGAUUCAAAACGCAGUUGCCACACCUCAUGUUGUUGAGUGGCUGCGUACUGCAAGAGAAAGCCAGAAGGCUGUUGUAUGUGUUUGUUAUAAUGGUGACGCAAGCAAACUUGCAUCCUCGACACUUCGUGCCCUUGGAAAUGAGGGCCUUAGCAUUUAUGGUGGUAUGGAAGCACUUUGGCCUGAGCUGGAAUGUCUGAAGCUAGUUUGA